CUACAUGAAUGUCAAAGUGUGUACCGCAACAAUUUGUUGAUUGAUUGAUGAUGAACCAAGCUGUUUGAGGGGCCGCAAGCAAGUUAAAAGAUCAUUUUUACAUAAGAAAUUAACGAAGAACAGCAAACAUGUGCGGCGGUUUCACGUGCUCGAAGAAUGCGCUCGUCGCUCUGAACGUUCUGUACAUAGUUGUCGCCUCCAUACUAAUUAGUGUGGCAGUGUACGGAAGAGCUGCAUCAAUCGUUACCAAUCUACCUAUAAUCAGUGGUAUUCUAGCAUGCGGCAUAAUACUUGUGAUGAUUUCUCUGCUUGGAUUGGUCGGAGCUGUCAAACAUCAUCAAGUGAUGCUCUUUUUUUACAUGGUCAUUUUGUUCUUGCUUUUCCUCAUUCAAUUCUCGGUGGCCUGUGCAUGCCUCGGCGUGAACAUGGAACAACAGGAGCAAUGGGCUGAACAGGGAUGGAAGCAGGUGGACGACGACGUCAGAAUGGAGGUGCAAGAAGUGUUUACGUGCUGCGGAUUCAACGACACCAUGCCGAAUGAUAGCAAGAUGGGUCAUCCCUCGUGCGCUGCAAUUCUGCCGAAAUGCUGUCCGAAUCUCGUGGUCGUUGACUGCAUGUGUCCAACGUGCAUGAGCAAAUUGCAGAACACGAUAAACUACGCGUUCAAAUUGUGCGGUUGGAUCGGACUCUUCUUCAGUUUUACAGAGAUCGUGGGCGUGUUUCUUACUCGACACUAUCGCAACCAGUACGAUCCAGAGGAAAAGUUGGCCGCCACCGCGAUUUUUCCACGGAGCAAUUUCACCUACUGAAUCUCCAACAGUUUUUUUUUUUUUUAAUUAUUACUAUUAUUCCCCUCUAGUCUUCAUCAUCGAUUUCUAAAAGUUGAAUUCGAACUUUUUUUUUUUGCUUCCUCGACGAUGAUCGCCAUAUACCAAAGGAGAACGGAAUCUACCUUCAUCAUUUUAUUUAAUUAUUUUUUUUCUUUUGUAACUUUAUUUAUUUACCACAUUUUUAUUUCCGUACUAUAAAACAAAAAGACUUGUAUUGUCUGAUCAAGCGCACGCAUCAUUCAUCUAUAUUAGCUAAAUGUAGAUGACGAGUUGUUGUUGUUGGUGUGAUGAUGAUGAUGAUCAUCAUGAUGAUGAUAAUAGGAUAAAGUGCACAUUGCAUAAUUUAAAUUCAUUCCUUUGUGUAGAGUUGCAGCUGAGAGGAGGAAGAGAAUGGCGGGGGGAGGAGUGGACUAGUGGUAAAAGCAAGGCUGUUAAGAAAACUCGAACAAAAAUCGUAUGUUAAUUUUAAUGAUUUACUUUCUCAAUUCUUCCAUCGCGCGGUUUCCAUUUUAUAUCUUUGCUGUGAAAUAUGAUGCUUUGAUGCCAGAUUUUUUUGGUAAAUUGCAGUUAGGCGUAAUGAUAAUAUUAUCUGAUCGAUUUUGACUGAUUUUCGUUUACGUUGUUUAGGAUUUAAUGUUUAGGACCAAACUAAUUGUUGAUGGAAAGAAAUUUAAUUAAGAAACAAAUUCAUGUAUAUUUAUAUAUUAGUUAGUACGAGUAUAUUGAAUGGAAGAAGCAAUAGCUGUAUUCUUCCGUGCGCGUGAAGAACACUAGGUUUUCUUUGUGUCAUCGUUGUUGCUGCUGCUUCUCGUUCUCAAUGUUAUAUUUGUCGAUAAAUGAAAAAUUACCAGUACAAUUUCUAAUAAAUACGCUGUGAGAAUAUAA